GAAACAGCAUCAAAGAUGGAACCAGAGGCUGAAGACCCAGACUACAACGAUAACUUGGUCCCUUGGGGUUCAAAUGGUUCCCAGGAACUUUAUGCCUCUGAGUCAUUGGCAGAGUCCCACUAUGAAGAUGAUGCCAGUGAUGCAGAGUACCCUUUAAACCCUCAACCUGCUCAUGUUGAACACCUUCAAACACAAGACUGGGAAUCAGCAAGUGAGCAACAGCCUGAACUUAGUGCAAGUGAAGAGGAUAUUUCAUACAAUGAAGAAGAUGACAUCUCCCUUAAUGACUCAAGAGAGUCCAUUACAGAAUCUCCUCACAUCCCGACCUCGCCAACAUCACUGUCCCCACACCCAGAGCACCUUUACUCCGAGCCUCAACCUGACCAAAUAUCACGGCCGCAUUCCCAGUCAUCUUUCUCCUCUCUCGGCUGUGCUGCUGAUCUGACCCUGGCCUUGACCCUGACCACAAAACAACCCCUUGGAGCCAGUAAUAGACAGGACCCAGGGACUGGGAACAGGAGGGCUGAAUCCUCAGAGGAAGGAGGGAGUAGUGAAGCACCUCCUGCUUCUGUCUUCUUUGGAAUUUCAGACGAGGGUGCUGAGCAGGCAGAGAAGUUGAACCCGGAGUCUGACACAGAUCUGUGCAGACCGGACAGGCACAGGGCAAGGUGCACACGGCUCGGUUACAACGAGAGCCAAUCAGAAAGACAGGUCAAGGAGACCAAAUCUAAAUGUAAGCGAAUUGCUCGCCUUCUAACAGAUGCCCCCAACCCUCGAAAUAAGGGAGCCUUGCUGUUCAAAAAACGCCGCCAGAGAGUCAAGAAGUAUACACUAGUGAGUUAUGGGACUGGUGUCAACAGGUUUGACAGCGAAGACCAAAUAGAGAAGGAAAUUGAAGAAGUCAGAUCAGCUGGGUAUAACUUUGUGGCAACAAGUGAAUCUGAGUUAGAGGAGGAGUAUUCUGUUUUUCACAAGCAGCAUAAUUUGAGUCUGACUUGGGGAAGUGUUCGAGAAAUGGAAGCGCUACCAGAAACAAAAGGGAAGGGUGUUUUGAUGUUUGCCCAGCGUCGCAAACGGAUGGAUGAAAUUGUGGCAGAGCAAGAAGAGCUGAAAAGUAAAGGAAUACCUGCGGAGAAAAUAACACAACCCGAACCUACAGAAACACAAGAUAUUUAUGACAAUAAGUAUGUGCAUACUGAUCAGGCCAACUACGUGGAUGUAAAUCUCAAACAGCAUGUGGAGUACCAAGAAAAUAUUGACCAGAUGAACCACUUAUCCAACGUGUCAAGAUCCUUGGUGCCAAACAGAACUGCGAAGCCUUUCCUUGGAUUUCAAGAUGAGAUGACUGCUCCUGUCAUAUCUAGUGGUGGUGGUGGUGUCUGUCCAGUGACAAAGAAGCAAGAACUGAAAUUCAAAGUACCUGUGCCUGUGCCUAUUAUUGCUAACCCACAUGUUUGGUCCCCAACUGGAGACAUCAUCGCCUCAAGAGAUGAGCGAAUAUCUGUGCCAGCGAUCAAGACUGGCAUCCUACCAGAGUCCAAACGAAAAGUCAACAAUAAACAGCCAUCCACGCAAGCGCAAGAUCUUCAUCUUCAAAACAAAGGGGAAAGGAGGUCUUAUAUUGAGUCAGAGGAAGACUGUUUUAGUCUAGGUGCUGAAGCUUGUAACUUUAUGCAACCUAGAACAAUAAAACUCAAGAAUCCCCCUCCAGUUGCCCCAAAACCUACUAUCAACCCAGCCUGCCCACCUUGGAUGAGUAGGAGCCCCACUUGUGAGCCCUUUGUCCCACCAAGAAGUCCACUUUCACAACCGUCUCACAGUUCUGCAGGGCCUCAUAGUCAGCAUUACUUACAGCAGCAAGAUUGGACUCAGCCUCAACAGAUGGCCAACCAAUGGGCACCAGAUCAAACUCAGGCAACACUUCAAACACCUGCUAAUGCUUGGGCUCCGGUUAACCCCUCUUCUCAGCUUCAUCUUCAGCCAACAAAUAGCUGGAGUCAACAGUCACCUCGAUCCCCUGUGAGUAUGCAAACCCGCAGUCCUACUUAUAGCCCACAUCACCCACCUUCACCCGCAAGGAAUAAGCCAGACAGUGCUCCACACUCAGUUGCCUCUUGCCCACCACAAGCGGGGAAGUCAUACGUCCAAGCAUCACAGGCUUCUCCAAUGGGUCGAGGUAUUAAUCGAGCUGGUGGCGGUUCAUCUAUGGCGGGAAAAGGUGCAGCAUUGUUUGCCAGAAGACAGACACGUAUGGAGAAGUUUGUUGUUGAUGCUGAAUCAGUGCAAGCUAACAAACCAAGAACCCCUUCCCCAACCUCUUCACUCCCUAACUAUUGGAGGUAUUCUUCCAAUGUCCGUGCCCCACCUCCUUUAUCAUACAAUCCCAUGCUUGCUCCUUUCUACCCUCCAUCAGCAGCCAAGCAACCCCCCUCCACAAGCCCCAAAACCAAGCCUAAGACCAAAGAGAAACCUAAAGCUCCCCCAAAGCACCUUAAUGCCUUAGAUAUUAUGAAACACCAGCCAUAUCAGUUGGACUCCACACUGUUCAAGUAUGAUGCAAACCCUGAGGCCAAAUGUCCCAGCCCUAAACCAACUCAAACGUCAAAGUUUGAGGUUACCAAAAAACUUAAACAUAAAUCUGCCCCUUCUCAUUCUACUUAUGUUGCCCCUGAGCCUGCUGCUCAAAGCAAGGUAGAAGUCCCUGCUAAGUCUCCUGUAUCGGUAAGUUCCCAAAUUUCUUCUUCCCACCAAAACACAAGAUCAGCUGAGCCUCUUGCAACUGCCAAGUGCCUGGAUGAAAAGCACACUGUCACGCCUGCAGCUCAACACACAGCCAGCAAGCAAGCACCAAGCGCCCGACCUGCAAGCACAUCCUCCAAAAAGUCAUCUUUUGGUGACAGCAUAGCUUCAGCUUUUUCUCCUGCAUCUCUUAUUGCUAGAGGUGCACGUCAGAUGGCACCUCGGCCAAGAUUUUCUGCUAAGAAGCCAAUGGUGACAGGCACACAGUGGAAGCCUGUUGCUAUGCUUCAUUAGUCCUAAUACUGUAUAUGGUCAUGCUUUGGUGAGAUGAUAGAGCCCUUCUGCAACGUGAUAGCAUCUGAAAUGUCUUAAUAGGUUAACAUAAAGAUCUUUGCACUUUCGAAAUGUAGGCCACACCCAAAAUAAUUUACAGGAUGCAGCUGUAAGGAUAUAUUUAGCUGGCAACGCAAGGAACACCUGAGAAGGCAGUAAUGAAUGUACAGUAAAGCUAGUUUAAAAGUGUAAAGGAAUAUAAAAUUAAAAUAAAUAACUCAUCAUCUUCAUCAAACUUAGUAGGUGCAUGUGUGCUUGAAAAAGGAAACGUGAUACUAAAUAAUGUUGAGUGAUUCUCAGGAAGUGCUAUUACAUGUGCAAUAAUGUGUGGAGAGAGCCUUCAACUAAGGUCUCUAGUUUGUUGUUUUUCUUUCUUCAGUUGUUUUUUUUUGUAAGAAAUAAGAUUACAUGCAUUUUUAUCUAGUAGUAGUCACCAUUAACCCCCCAAAACUACACACAACAACAUAUUAAUAUAUACAGUAUAUAUAUCUUUAUUACAUUUAUAAUAUUUAAGUUAAAAUAUAUUGGGAUACUAGUCACUUUACGUUCAUAUUUACAGAAUAUUUUAAUAAUUUAGUGUGUCUGGGGAGAAACUGUCUAUACACUUUUUUUUGGAUGCAUCCAAUUUGCAAUUCCUUUUAGUCUCAUUCCAAACUUUUACUUCAUCACAACAGCUGAAAGCAUUAACAUUAGUUGUGAUCAUUAACCCUGAUGACUUUAAAUGUUUUUUAUGUGGAUUCAUUCAGAUGUCAGUCGUGGCCAGUUGUGUAACUGUCAUCACACCUGCUGUAUCCUCAUCCUCGAUGUAAAACAUUAUCACAGAGAUUUGACUAUUCCGCUAUUGAGUGGCAACUCAAAAUGAAAACAGGAAACAAUUGUCUUGUUCUGUCUCUAUGUCUGUCUUUCAAACAUAUCACUGUUUAUCGCACUUCUUGUACUCAGCACAAUCAUGCUAUUAAAUUUCUCUUUCCUUC